CAUAGGCUUAAUGUAUCUAGGAAACUUGCAUCAAACUUCAACAAAAAACAGAAGUGAAUGUAAUACUUCCAAGCAUCCAAUGAUAAGUGCUCCACUGCUCCAAGACCAUUGAUGAGAAUAAGAGAUUCAAAGACGGAGAAAAUUCAACAAUUGAGGAUAUAGAUGCAGGGAAUACAAAGUCUCGUCAAAUCAAUCAAGAGGAAGAGAAGAAGAAAGAGAAGAAGGAAGAGAAGAAGGAAGAGAAGAAGGAAGAGAAGAAGGAAGAGAAGAAGGAAGAGUACGAGGAUGUGAUCCUUGACGGGCCAAUUAAAUACUACCUAUGCGAUUGAUCAAGUCAAAACUGCACUGAGUUUAUGAAUAAGAUUUUAGCCCAAGUUGAAGCAGUCGAAAAUGUCUCAGAGGAUGAAGAAGACAUACCCAGGGACUUACUCGAAGAUAAGCACAUCCAUUUUAGAAGCCAAAUUGUACCUGAAGACCCGCCUCCCACUGCAGCUUCUGGCUCUGAUAGAAUCAAAACUGGGAGUGAAUUUGAUGAAGACAAAGCGAGUUUGAAAUAAAACAAUAUUCGGUUCAAAGUUAAAAGAAUACGUUAUUAAAAUAUUAAGUCAUGAGAUCGGAAAGUUGUGCAAGGAUAAUUCUCACACUACAACUGAUGGCAAAGAGUGAGUCACCAUUAAAGAUCUGAAGAAAAUGAUGAAAAGAGUAAUGAGAGGAGAGAUAGACAUUUUCCCCAUGCUUUAG